GGGAAGAAAGAUGCAAAUCAAUCUUCAUUAUGGUGACCAUUGAGGAAACGUCUUAGAUUAGGGUGUUUUUGGGUAAUUUGUAUGAGUACAUAAUAGUAAUGGAUUUGUUGAAACUUUUGAACCAACGAACCGGGCCGGAUUCAAAGGAACUUGAUUCAUCAUCACUGAUCGCUCCAUUUUCCUUCAAAACAAAAAGAAUCAUAGCGCCAUUACCAGUCUGAUCCGUGCUUCUACGUCCUCACAAAAACCCUAAUCAUGGCGGAUUCGUCGGGGACGACGCUGAUGGAUCUGAUAACUUCCGACAACACGUCGCCGUUAGCAUCCUCGGCGACGUUAACUGCAGCUUCAUCAACUGCCCCCCCUCCUCCAACUACGUCGUCGACUAUCUCUGCCCCAGUUCCAAUGGUGGUGGAUAAGAAAUCGAAGAAAGGAACUUUGAUGCAGAUCCAAAGCGAUACCAUUUCCGCUGCUAAAGCUGCUCUUAACCCUGUUCGCGCUAACAUCAUGCCGCAAAAGCAAAAGAAAAGGCCUGUUUCUUAUGCGCAACUCGCAAGGAGUAUUCAUGAGUUAGCCGCAACAUCUGAUCAGAAAAGCUCCCAGAAGCAAUUGGUUCAUCAUGUGUUCCCCAAACUUGCUGUAUACAAUUCUGUCGAUCCCUCCUUGGCACCUUCUCUUCUCAUGCUUGGUCAACAGUGCGAGGAUAGAACUGUUUUGCGCUAUGUGUACUAUUACUUGGCCAGAAUUCUUUCAGAUACUGGUUCACAGGGUUUGAGUUCCGGUGGCGGGAUUCCCACCCCAAAUUGGGAUGCUUUAGCUGAUAUUGAUGCUGUAGGAGGGGUGACACGAGCUGAUGUUGUACCUGGAAUUGUAGAUCGGCUUUCCGCAGAAGCCUCAAAUGCUGAUGUUGAAUUUCAUGCGCGAAGGAUUCAAGCUUUGAAGGCUCUCACAUAUGCCCCCUCCAGUAACACUGAAAUUCUAUCCAAGUUGUAUGAGAUUGUCUUUGGUAUUCUAGAUAAGGUUGCUGACCCUCAGAAACGAAAGAAAGGCAUCUUUGGAACAAAAGGAGCUGACAAAGAGUCAAUCAUCCGGGGAAAUUUGCAAUAUGCUGCCAUAAGUGCUCUGAGAAGACUUCCUCUUGAUCCGGGGAAUCCAGCGUUUCUUCAUCGUGCUGUACAAGGAGUCUCCUUUUCUGAUCCUGUUGCUGUAAGACAUUCUUUGGAAAUUCUGUCGGAGCUUGCGACUAGUGAUCCAUAUGCUGUUGCCAUGGCAUUAGGAAAAUCCGCUCAACCCGGUGGUGCUCUGCAAGAUGUUCUUCAUUUACAUGAUGUUCUAGCAAGAGUUGCACUUGCCAGGUUAUGCCACACAAUCUCUAGAGCCCGAUCAUUGGAUGAUCGGCCAGAUAUUAGGUCCCAAUUUAGCUCGGUGCUGUAUCAACUCCUUCUGGAUCCCAGUGAAAGGGUUUGCUAUGAGGCCAUUCUUUGUGUAUUGGGUAAACAUGACAAUGCAGAGAGAACUGAUGAACGUGCUGCUGGAUGGUAUCGUCUAACUAGAGAGAUUCUUAAGCUUCCUGAGGCACCAUCUGUGAAGGAUACAAAAUCUGAAUCAAAAGAUAAUGCUCCACCAAAGAGCUCCAAGGAUAAGUCCUCAAAGACAAGACGCCCUCAACCACUAAUCAAACUUGUUAUGAGGAGGUUGGAAAGUUCUUUCCGCAGUUUCUCUCGUCCUGUACUUCAUGCAGCUGCGAGGGUUGUGCAGGAAAUGGGAAAAUCCCGUGCAGCUGCUUUUGCUGUUGGGUUACAGGACAUAGAUGAAGGGGUUCAUAUUAAUUCAUUCGCUGAAAGUAAUGAUGAUCAAGAUUUGAACGAAACAGCUGAGGGCUUACGUCGGGUAUCCUCUAUAUCCAAUGGAACGAGUGGCAAGGACACAAUUGCCGGUCUCUUAGCUUCUCUAAUGGAGGUGGUGCGAACCACUGUUGCAUGUGAAUGUGUUUAUGUUCGUGCCAUGGUAAUAAAAGCCCUGAUAUGGAUGCAAAGUCCAAGUGAAUCUUUUGAUGAACUGGAGUCCAUUAUAGCAUCAGAACUCUCUGAUCCUGCCUGGCCAGCAACUUUAUUGAAUGACAUAUUGCUUACACUGCAUGCACGUUUUAAGGCUACUCCGGAUAUGGCCGUUACUCUUCUUGAAAUUGCCAGGGUGUUUGCCACUAAAGUUCCUGGCAAGAUUGAUGCUGAUGUACUCCAACUAUUGUGGAAAACUUGUCUAGUUGGAGCUGGCCCAGAAGGAAAGCAUACAGCUUUGGAAGCUGUCACGUUAGUGCUUGAUUUACCACCUCCCCUACCUGGCUCAACGUCUACCUCAAUAGAUACCGUGUCUGCAUCUGAUCCGAAGUCUGCUUUGGCUUUGCAGCGCUUAGUACAGGCAGCGGUUUGGUUCCUCGGGGAAAAUGCAAAUUAUGCUGCCUCCGAGUAUGCUUGGGAAUCAGCUACCCCUCCUGGUACUGCACUGAUGAUGCUAGAUGCCGACAAAAUGGUUGCUGCCGCAAGUUCUCGGAAUCCAACUCUUGCUGGCGCUUUGACCCGUCUGCAAAGAUGUGCUUUCAGUGGGAGCUGGGAGGUUCGUAUAAUUGCUGCUCAAGCUCUUACUACGAUGGCAAUUAGAUCUGGUGAGCCUUACAGGGUACAGAUCUAUGAGUUUUUACAUGCAUUAUCACAAGGCGGUGUGCAGUCCCAAUUCGCUGAUAUGCAUAUAAGUAAUGGAGAAGAUCAGGGUGCCAGUGGUACCGGCCUCGGAUCUUUAUUAAGUCCAAUGUUGAAGGUCCUUGAUGAAAUGUACAGUUCACAAGAUGAGCUGAUAAAGGAGAUGCGGAACCAUGACAAUGCAAAAAAGGAAUGGACGGAUGAGGAGCUUAAGAAAUUAUAUGAAACACAUGAGAGACUGUUAGAUCUUGUAUCCCUGUUUUGUUAUGUGCCAAGGACAAAGUAUCUUCCUUUAGGGCCGACCAGUGCGAAGCUUAUUGACAUCUACCGCACUCGGCAUAAUAUAACUGCGUCAACGGGCCUCAGUGAUCCUGCAGUUGCCACUGGGAUUUCUGAUCUACUGUAUGAAACAUCCAAACCAACUCCUGCUGAGCCUGACUCACUUGAUGAUGACCUUGUUAAUGCAUGGGCUACAAGUCUUGGUGAUGAUGGGUUGCUAGGAAGCAGCGCUCCUGCAAUGAGUCGGGUGAAUGAAUUCCUUGCUGGUGCUGGUACUGAUGCUCCUGACGUCGAGGAAGAGAACAUUACAUCAAGACAUUCCAUGAGUUAUGAUGAUAUGUGGGCCAAGACUCUUUUGGAGUCAUCAGAGCUAGAGGAGGAUGGACGGUCUUCUGGCUCUUCUUCUCCUGACUCGAUCGGAUCGGUUGAGACAUCCAUAUCAUCCCACUUUGGUGGAAUGAAUUAUCCAUCGUUGUUCAGCUCAAAGCCAUCCGCUUAUGGGUCUUCACAGGAACGAGCUGGUGGAAGUAGAAUGAGUAAUCCUUCCUAUGGUGAUAACACAUACGCGGGCUUCAGUUCUCCGAUAAGGGAGGAACCUCCUCCAUAUUCUUCUCCCGAUAGGUAUGAGUCAUUUGAGAAUCCCUUAGCUGGUGGUUCUCAAGGCUUUGGAUCACGGGAUGAUGAGCAAUCCUCUUCUGGUAGUCGACAACAUGGGACUGCACUUUAUGACUUCACUGCUGGUGGUGAUGAUGAGUUGAAUCUAACAUCUGGAGAAGAGGUUGAGAUCGAAUAUGAAGUAGAUGGCUGGUUUUAUGUAAGUGAAUUAUUCUUUGGGAAGACCCCAGAUAGGGUACUACCAGUAAAGAAAUGAUUUGAUACUGCUUUACUGGAUCUCUGUGUUAGUGUUUUUGUUGAAGCUGCUUCAUUUCAUGUUAAAGUGUGGUGGCCCAGAGCAACUAUCUUCUGAUGCUCUGAGCUAGAUAGACUUACGCAUUUAGCAACACUUCUCUAAAUGGUACACUCGGACAAAAUGUGCAUGAUUUUAGAUAUACAUACAAUUGCUAGUUAAUUUCAUACUUAAAACUUUAUCACCAAGCGUUGUGUGAGUAUAAGAUCUAAUCUUGGCUCCAAGAUCUUUGGUAUAGGAAUAAUAUAACUGCUUUGGUUCUUUGUGUGCGCAUUUACCUAAAAUACAAUAUUAACACGCAUUGUUUCUAAUUCAUUUCAAUAGGCUGCCUUUAGUUACGCGAGACUUUCGUAUCUGACUUUUUCUAUGCUAAAGCAUUGUAUAUUACACAUCACUACAGGUGAAGAAAAAACGCCCUGGCAGGGAUGGGAAAAUGGCUGGACUUGUGCCUGUACUUUAUGUCAGUCAGUCUUGAUGGCAAAUAUAUACUCACUGAUAGGCGGACAGGUCUCACCGUGCUGGUUUCUUUGACUUUACAAGUAGAGGUUUUGUAUUACAAUGAACAAUACAGAGCUUGCACAUAGAUCAAAAGGCUCUCUGGUUCGCCUGGUAUUGUGGACUGAGAUAACUAGUAUAUUCUUUUGCUGCUGGUAGAGUUCACUAGUUUGUUCUCUCACCCAAAUUUUUCAUUGGAUGGCCUAGUGGAUGUAUUGAUCACAGCUAUCGAGAUUCUUGGUGGUGCAUUAUGAUUAGAAUUCCCUGGGUGUUUUUGUAAACUGUGGUACCACGAGGCGUUUGUUAGGACAGUUUUGGUAAUAGCUAAAAUAGUUGUUAACUCUGUUGUUGUACAUUUGUGAGAUGUAUUUCUCAUGUAUCAUCAGAACCUGGUAUGAACAGUUCCAUAAAUCUCCCUGUGAAUAGUGAUGAUCACAUAUUUGAUAUGGAAAAAUGAGUUGUUUUUAGGCAUUGGCAACAUUGUUCUAGUAUCAUUCCCAAACUUCAUAUAUUUGAGUUUUGGCUUUGGCUUUGGCCCUAAAUUUCGAACUACUAUCGUAAACAAAAUGAGUCGUGUUUCUUGUCAUACUUAGUUCUAUAAAAGGACUCUUAUUUUGGCUUGAUGAUAGCAUAGUGUCUUUUAAACCAAAAAAGAGAGGAAAAAAGUCUUUUAAUUGUAUCACGGACAGUUUUUCUUCACCAC